GACUGCCAACGCGGACCGAGCUGGGCUUUCUGCAGGGAAAGAGCUGUCAAAGAAUCCACCAUGAAGCUGCUGAGUUCCCUGGCGUGCUUGUGCGUCCUGGCCGUCGUGGCCUUGGCCGUUCCCGCUCAGGAGAAGCGCAUCCACCGGCAGGCGGACCUGAGCGACCACGCUCACGAAGACGCCCAAGGCUACCAGUACGACCACGAGGCCUUCCUGGGCAAGGAGGAGGCCAAGACCUUCGACCAGCUGACCGCCGAGGAGAGCAAGGACAGACUAGGGAAGAUCGUGGACCGCAUCGACAUCGACAAGGACGGCUACAUCACCCACGAGGAGCUGCACUACUGGAUCAAACACCGGCAGAGGAGGUACAUCGAGGAGAACGUGAACAAACACUGGACGGAAUAUGACAAGAACAAAGAUGGCAAGAUCAGCUGGGAGGAGUAUAAAAACACCACCUACGGCUACUACCUGGGGGAGGAGUUCGAGGACGUGGACGACAAGGCCGCCUACAAGUCCAUGCUCAACCGGGAUGACCGGCGCUUCAAGGCGGCCGACCGAGACGGGGACGGCAUCGCCACGCGGGAGCAGUUCACCGCUUUCAUGCACCCUGAGGAGUUUGACUACAUGAAGGAUGUGAUAGUGCAGGAAACGAUAGAUGACAUUGACAAAGACGGCGAUGGAAAGAUCAACAUCCAUGAAUACAUUGGGGACAUGUUCACGCCGGAGGAGGGGGAGAGUGAGCCGGCGUGGGUCGCCACAGAGAAGAAACAGUUCACAGAAGUCAGGGACACCAACAAGGACGGCUACAUGGACGACGGCGAGGUGGCCCACUGGAUCCUGCCGGGGGAGGUGGACCACGCUGACAACGAGGCCAGACACUUGAUCCACGAGACCGACACCAACAAGGACGAGAAAAUGACCAAGAAGGAGAUUCUGGCCAACUGGAACAUGUUUGUGGGCAGUCAGGCCACCAACUACGGGGAGGAUUUAACAAAGAGGCACGACGAACUUUGACGAGCCGUGGCCUGCUGGGAGCAGCUUCUCUAUGUCCACGUUUCACUCUGAUGGAGAAUUACGUUACAGGUGUUUCACCAGAACGCCAUCACUUUUUAAUUUUCUUUCUAUUGUCUUUUUAAUCCAGGUGACAAAAAAAAAGAUGUUCAUAAUCUGACUGAAAUUCAUAAACCAGUCCAGUCGUCAGAGCCGAUGAACGGUUUUCAGGUUGAUCAGGUUGAACCAGUGAAGCAAACUCCUUAACAUUUCUUAAAAGCUGGUCAGAGCCGCCGUCUCACAAUCAUUUAGUGGUUUUGGAAACAUACACUGCAAAAAACUCAAAAUCUUAACAAGAAUAUUUGUCUUAUUUCUAGUUAAAAUGUCUCAUUUUUAGUCCAACAGAUAUCAUUACACUUAAAACAAGUGUCAUUACCAGAAAAAUAACUUGUUAUUUGACAAUUUUCUCCUGCUUCAAGUAGAUUUUCACUUAAAAUAAGUAGAAAAAUCUGCCAGUGGAAGAAGAUUUUUUUGCUUGUAAUAAGAAGAUAAAUCUUGUUCCACUGGCAGAUUUUUUUUCUCCUUAUUUCAAGUGAAAAUUAAAAUUUUAGGUGAAAAUGGUCAAAUAACAAGUUAUUUUACUGGUAAUGAGUCUUGUUUUAAAUGUAAUGAGAUUUUUUUUUAAAUAAAAAUUGAGACAUUUUAACUAGAAAUAAGACAAAUAUUCCUGGUAAGAUUUUGAGUUUUUGCAGUGUAUACAGAAGUGAUGGCACUCAUUUCCCAUCAUGCUUUUGGUGGAAUGACCAGUUCUCGCUUUAUGUAGCAGUAGCACUUCCAAGCACACAGGGGCCAGUCUGGUACAGUUACCAAGAACCAGUGGUCCAUGGACAUUAAUAUUUGGUACAGUUACCAAAACCAGUGGUCCAUGGACAUUAAUAUUUGGUACAGUUACCAAGAACCAGUGGUCCAUGGACAUUAAUAUUUGGUACAGUUACCAAGAACCAGUGGUCCAUGGACAUUAAUAUUUGGCCACCAAUCCAGUUUCCUGAUAUUUAUAUGGACUUAAUUUCUACGCCGGGGAAAUACACGAAGCAAAGCUUGAAGACUUACAAAAGUCUUCAAGGCAGGAUUUGUUGUAUAAAUUAAAGUGAUGAGGACACCGAACUUUAUGAUUUGACCGUUUAACGUUAGCUACCCAAAAAUCUAACAUUACCUGAUACAAAAUGGGAACCGCAAAUCCACGUUUCGGUGUCUGGAAUCCAGUUGUUUCUGAGAAUUGCAGUGAUCCAUUUGUCUCUCUUAAGCUUAUUUUUUGGCAGUCUGUAAAACGAUAACUCAGAUUUCUUGCUACAUCCCCGCACGGUCCUGUCAGCGGCUCAGCCCCCGUGUGGUCACACUUGGUAUUGCUACAUAAAGUGACUUUGGGAAAGCUUAUUAGUGCUUUUACAUGUUUCUACACAAUGAUGUCAUUGCUUCCUGGUUCUUUUGAAAAGAGAAUCCCCACUCCCCUGGUUCUGGUUCUGGUUCUGGUUCUGGUUCUGGUUCUGAGCCGUGCUGCAGUCAGUCACUCCCUCCUGUCCACAUGCACACACUCCUGAACGUUGUCACAUACUGUGUAUGCAAGUACAGGUCAUAAAGCCUCCAGCGCUCUGUGAAUUUUAUGUUGUCAUGUUUUUGAUUCCCGUCAUCGCACGCCGCUGUCGUCCAGUAAAGCUGUCAAACUCUGAAACAUCCGUAUCUGUCAACAUGAGCAUGCACUGACGGCAACCAAAUUGGGAGGUUUAUAACUUUUCUACAUGUUUAAUAAAACCAUGAACAUCUGCUGUCAAAAGUGCUCAAAUGUUGAACUGGAGAAAGAAGCUGGAACUGGAGGAGCGUCGGUACCGACUUCGUCCGGUUUGAGUAUUAAAGGCUUGUUUUUUCUACA